AAAUAAAUAAACUUAAAAUAAAAAUAAUAAAGAAAAUAAAUAAAAAUAAUUAACUGAAAACAAAAAAUUCUCCAAUUUUUCACUGUUAAUUCAUGAUGAGCAGUAAUAAGAACAAACGAGUUCUUGAACUCCACUGAACUGAACGGAUUCUUUGAACGAAGCCUCUCUCUGGGCUGAGGCAGAUUCUGCCUGUUGAUUUUCAAGAGGACCAGUCCUAAUUUCUCACCCAUAGGUGAAGUGGCUUUACAAUUCUCCAGGUCCCCUUCCUCCAGGCUGGUGAUGGCGUGUUGCAGGUAGAAAGCCAAAGUUGCUGCAGUCCUGGGGAAGCUUUGUUAAUGCCCUUACAGGCCCAUAACUUCGGUUCACUGAGUUAAGGGCUUGAGUGCCUCUCUUUACCCAGACUCCUAGGGUGCAGACCUGGAAAGGACAUCAGCCAUUGUCUAGACUGUUCCAUCCCCUAAUUCUAUAGAGAAGCCCAGAGAGGUGAGGUGGCUUAUUCAAGGACACACAGCUCCCGAGGGCAGGAAGUUGUAAGUUCUGUACCCCACCUUGCCAGCACUUUCCCCCAGUGCUUUAUCCCUCACUCCUCCUCUGACCUUUUGAGCUCUGUAAUCUUUCCCCUUUCAUUUCCUCCCCUCUGUCCCCUGUUGCCCACAGUGUUUGUCCUGGCAGGUGGUGGCCUUUAGGAAGACUCCGAUUUCCUGAGAGACCCUGCCCACCCUGCCCGUGUCUUCUCUGACCCAGGGGGCAGGCUACCUUCAGCACCAUGGCCUUUUCAUCAAGGUUCGCCUUCUGGGAGCAAAAGGUUAAAGAGGAGGACAAAACUCUGCCGAAGCCUGGCCCCCCUGGCAAGGAGGAAGGGGCUCUAGAGGGCAGCUCAAAGGACAGCAGGGGUCCAUCUAGGAGUCCUCAGCCUCCUACCAGCCCUGUACCGUCAGAGACUUCCCAGAGAGCCAAGAGCCCUGCACCCACACUCGCCAUGAAUGGCCUGGGGGCUGCCUCAGCAGAAGGCCCAAGUGAGGAGGCCCAGGGCCUGUCCCGGAAGAGAGUGGCAAACGCAGUUAGGAAGGUGGUGAGCAAGGUGCUGCCUGGUGAGGAGCCUGGGAGCGCCAAGGAGCCUUCAAGCAGAGGGGUCAGGUCCCCUGAGCACCCAGCUCGAGGCAAGAGGGGAGAAAAGGCCCCUGGUCCCAAGCCACCACCUCCUCCACCUCCCCCUCCUCCACCUAAGCCUGAAGCAAAGAAGGAGGCAGCCAAGGAUGAACUCUCUGUGGGUCUACGGAGCCUGAUGUCUCGGGGCAGGGCCAAGGACCACAAGCCCCGUGGCAGGCAGUCUCCUGGGAAGGGGGAGAAGCCCUCCAGCCAGGAGCCAGGCUCCUCAGGGAAACCAGGCUCCCCGGCCAAGCCUGGAAUCCCAGAGAAGCAGUGCUCCCCUGCCCUGCCGGAAGAGCUGGCGGACCCGGGCUCCGCUGGCCCGAAGUCGAACCUGACUGGAUUGCCGCAGUCCAAGUCACCAGCCCCUGACGUGCAGCAGGAGGUACCCGAGUGUAUCACUAACCUCCCACGCCCUCACCACCCUCGUUGGAAGGCCAGGCGCCCUCGCAGCCAGCUUCCCCGGGCCUCCUCAACCCGCCCGCAUGACUGAGAAGCUGGGCCUGGCCUUGUGCCCGUGGUGGGGCUGCAUGGCUUUUCCUUCACUGAACACCAGAGUCCGUGGCGGCCCCUGCUCUGGGAUGGGCCCUGCUAACCAGCAUGCUGCCGUUCCUUCACAUUCCUGUGUGGGAUUGGGGCCUGGUCCCAGGCUGCGUGGUGUUGGCCGAAGGCUCCAGAUUCCCAAGCAAGGGUCGGAGUCUUAGCAGAUCAGUGCUAGGGGAGAAGGAGACUUUCUGAAGUCAGGUGACCCGUGUUCACAUCCCCGGCUACUCACCCUCUGUGGGAUCUCAGCAUGGUCCCAUCGCUGACCCUUCCUUCAUCUGCCAAGUGGGGAUGGGACAGGUCUGAUUCCCCCUCUGAAGCCCUUGGGGCCAGAAGUAUUUUGCAAGUUCAUAAUUUCUGUAUUUUAGAAUGUCAUACAUAGCGAGCAGCAACCUCUAACCAAAGGUAAAUAUUUUCAUAGCAAAAUCUAUGUUCACACUGCAGGGGGAUAGAAUACAAAGAGUUUUGGCGAUCAAAAUAGUUAAGUAAAAAAUCGUUUGGGGCAGAGAGGGUGGAGGGGGCUUUUGGAUUUUGGAAUUGCAAACAAGGGAUAAUCCCAGCUUUGAAGGGUCCUGUGAAGAUUAGGAAUGGUACGGUGCUCCCCCGAGCCUAGACCCUGGCGUGGUGGGUGCCUCAUAAAUGGCAGCAUGGAUAGCGAUGCUGAUAACAGGAGUUUUAAUGCCAUCAUUGCCAUCACUUCCUUCUUCAGGCCUGGCUGGCAGUCCUCUCUGACAGCAGGAUUCCUGAGGGAGCCCUAGGCCUGGGUGGCAAAGGGGAACCAUAGGCCCCUUUGGAUCUGCGGACCCGUCUGUCCCCAGAGUACCCUCUGAGUGGGAUAGGAAGCUGAGAGGCAGAGGGGAGGACCUUGGAAGGUGAUGCCUACAUGAUUGGUCCUCUGGCCAGGGACAGUUCCCUUCAAACUUCCCCAUUUUGUGGACCCUUCUGAGGCCUCAUGAGGUGUAGGAGGGAGGAGUCAAGUUUCACCACUGCUUCUCCCACCUGUUGCAAGUUCUUCUGGCUAGAAAGGGGGGGGGAGGGGGAAAUGGGAGUAGAGCAGCCUAGAGGCCCUCCCUGCCGAUGACCUCCUGGGACUCCCAAGGUCCCAGAACCUGCCAGGUUCCCCGCUUCAUUCCUCCUGGGUUUGGCAGAACUUCGAGAACAGGAGGCUGCAGCCGCCCCAGCCCUGCCGGCCUGCUCUGAAGCAGGGAAAUCAGUCCUGGCACAUGGGAGUUGGCAGGGGUGUUUGGGCCUCCCGGGAAGGCUGUGAGGUGUACUGUCAGCCCCUGAGUAGAACCUAUAAGUAGCCAGAGAGAGUCAUGUGCCUGUUCCCUGGCUUGGCUGCCUUCCCUCCGGCUCCCUGUCCCUCUCACUAGGGUGGAGUUGAGGGGCUGAGAUGUGCCCUGAGCUGAAGUUCAGCCACCUGUCACCUGGGCCUGGGGCAGGGGCCAGAGGGUGUGUGGGAGAACAGGGUCAUCCUAAUGCUGAAGUAGUUAGGACUGUGAGAAGAAAUAACCCCAGAAUUUCCGACCCCCCCCCCCCACCUCUCAUUGGAUAAUUUAAAAACUCAAGUUGGGGGCUGCCUGGGUGGCUCAAACAAUUAAG